AUGGAUGGUUUUUUGGCAAUAGUGCUGCUAGUUCUACUAGCAGUCUUCAUAAGUAUUAUAGUAUUUAGCUACAUAGCUAAGUGUUGCUAUCCAGAAGAGCUUCCGUCUUCCCCAGAUGAAGCAGCAGAACAAGGCGAGAGCCUGGUUAAAAGAAAAAACUCAGCAUGGCGGGUAGAGAACUUUGGAAGCUGGAACACACUUUCAGGAAGUUGUUAUGCUGAGUAUCCUCCUGAGGUGGAUACAAUAAGAGAAAAAGUGACACUGGAAGAUGAGGCACGCCGUGCAAGUGUUAGUAGUAGAGGAUCAAGGAAGAGAAGUUUCUCAAGAGAGGUUAGCAGAGAUACAGUGGACACUGCUGUAACACUUCAUGAUUUCAAGACAACUAGCUCUUUAAGAGAUAAACGUACCUUAGGAGAAAUAGCUGAAGAUACUAGCACCGCAGUGGGCAACAAUAAACAACGAAGAAAAGGAGGUGUAACUCAAAGCGUAUACGAGCUAGAAUACUGUGAUCCAGUUAACGUGGGGGCACUUAUCAACAUAAACAAAGUAGAGAUGAAAACCAAAGAGCUGCAGGACGAAGUGAAUAAUUUUCCCUUCAUAAACAGAGGGGUCGAGUAUUAUAAAUUGAUAGAGAACAUUUUGAGACUGAAAAUAGACUUAUAUGCUGUGGACUGUACACAGGCAGAUGUGAAAACCAGAAGAAAUAUUGCUUUGAAGAAUAUUGAUGAUUGUCAACUUAUUCUGAGUAGCAAAUGUCACUAAGUAUGUACUAUGUAUUUAUGUUAUUUAUUAUAUUUGUAAAUAUGUUCUUGAUGUUUGACAAACAGAUAAUCACACCCUUGGUGUCUGCACAAGUCUGAAGAAACGGGUUAGAAAACUACUUCAAGUCUUUAAGAAAAACAGAUUGACGCUGUAACUCUCACGAGGUUGUGUCAUAAUUAGAUUAUGUUCGGUUUAUUUUCAAACCUUACGGCAUAUGAACUUCAAUUGGAAACAGAUCGACAAAAACGAUUGCACGUGAAAAAUUGAGUCAACCUGCUUAGAACAUGAUUUUAAAGAUUACCAUGUUCUUUCUUAUUAACGUGGAAGUAAUAUUUUAUAGUAGAGCUGCUAAAACCGAAAGUGGGACAUAUGAACCGCCUAAGAAAAAGUCAAGUACACAAAUAGGCAACAAAAAAGGGAAGAGUAGGUUAAGUAUAUUCAAAAGGCUCAAAUGGAAUGGAAACUGAGGUAUGUUCACUUCUGUAAAAAUUCUUUUCGCGUGAAUUUUUGUGAAUACGGAAAUAAUUCAAACCUCUGAGUCAUUGGAAAUUGAGCAGAAAACAGAUGCGACGAUCGUCUAACAUAUGCAUAAUAAUAUUACCGGGAUCGAAAUUCUUCGAUAAUAGAAAGACUUUCACUGAUACCGCAGCAGCAAUCUUGCAACGUCUCCAAGAACUUUCUGAAAAUUGGCAGGUGUUUCUGAAAGGCCAGAAAAAAAAGUUGUGUGACUUUCUCAUCAUUGGUAUCGUAGACGACGGAAAUGAGUGAUAUGCUUUCUUGAUAUACAUGCCAUGUAAAUAAGACUCCAUUGUCUGGUCACAUCAUGUUAUGUAACGUUCAAAAAACAUAUCUCAUUUUCCAAAUAUUCUUGAUUACAUUACAUCUGACAAUAGGGAAUAUGCAUGGCAUUCAAUCAUUGGUUAUUUAUUUUCAUUUGCAGUCCAAAUUGCUUCAGAAGGCUACUUUCAAACUUACUUUAUACAAAUGCGCUAUAAAAUUACGAGUCCUUAAAAACGGUAAAAAUUCAUAGCAAGUUCAAAAUAUCGCUAAUGGCAUAACGUCAGGAUAACGGCAAAUCAGCAACCUUUAUCGCUAUCAAUGAAUGUCAAUUUAUCGGUUUGCUCAGCUCCAAAGAGUUCUGGCUGACUGAGCUAACUAACUACAAUGGGUUUGACGUGUUGCCGCCAGCAGGAGAAUUUCGCCGUCAAGACAACAUCGGAAAAACGACGAAAGAAAAAUUUCUCAAAGCUGACAACAAAUCAUAUCAGCAAAUUAAGCAGCCAUAAAAUAUAAUGGCAAACCAUGAGUUGUGACGUCAAUGCGGCGCUCAAAUUAAUGUCACUGGCAUUGCAUAUUAGAAUAUUUAUUUUAUUUCAUGAACGAACUAUGUGUUUACAAUAUUAUGCUAACGAAUGUACUCGAUAGACAAUAGACAAAAACAUCGAUAUUUCCUUUUGGCGCGGAAAAUGAUAAAGCUAUAUUGGAGACUACGCGCUUCAAGAAUUCGUAUGGUAUCUAAACGUCGAAGUACAAUUUAAAUUCUUGAGCUUAUCCAACAGAUGCUUAUCACGAUAACGAUUUAAAAGCAUACUCUCUCGGAUUGGAAACAAUGUUACAACACAGGACUCCCGCUAUAGUUUUAUGACUUCCUUCCACCGUUGACAAACGGCAAAAAGGAACAAGGGAGGUGGUUUAUAGCACCAGAUCGUUUGAAAGCUCGAUAAAACGCAGGGUGAUGCAAUGUGGAGUACCGGACAGAAAAUAUGAGUUGUUCUUUUGUUUAUUACCCUUCAUAAACACCCUUAUAUUUCCAGGCCGUACUCGUAAAUACUGCAAUAUUGUUGAUGAUAAAGGAUUCCAGAAAGCAUUUUGCAGGGCGUAGAAUGUAAUGUUCUGUUAUAGCAAGGCAGUUGGUCCAAUGUUGAGCAGUUCUUAUGCUCUCUCUACUUUUCUAUAUAGCACAUAACAAUUUUUUCAGUUCCUUUUUCGCUGUUUCAAAUAGGAUUAGAUCUACUAUACCAACUAUUUCUAUACCAAAAUUACUUGUAUAUGGCAGAAACUAUAUCUAUGUCAUGCAAGCAAGAAUCCUAUGGAGAAACGUUGACUUUAAAGGCCGAACUACGUACCAAGCUAGUCCAUCCUCUUGACUGAUAUCAAACUGUCGCAGUGUAUGUGCAUUUGCAUGUAGUUUGAAGUUCUUAUUAUUUUUCUUAUAAUUAGCAGAAUACCAAAAUGUUAUUAAUGCUGGCUACGGCUUCAGACAUGUUAAAAUUAUCAGUAUAGGGAAUGAAUGCCAUUAUAUAUGUAGAUAGAGCAUAUCAUCAAUAAUAAAAUGAAUUUGAAAUCGAUUACUGCACAGCUUCUUUAUUUUUAUAUACUGUAGAAGGAGAAAUAUAUUCGCGUGAGGACAAUUGCGAUAAUAUAAUGACCUGCUUUGUAACUACAUUAAAAAAUUUAUAAGUAACAUUUUCAAGGUAAUUUUAUAGAUAGUGUCACCGCAGCUUUCAUAUGGUUCGAUCGGUCGAUAGCUUGAACAGAUUCAAGGGCAGAACACAUGAAUGAAUUUGUUAUCAACCCGCUCUGUUCUGCAUUUCCGGAAGAAAAGAAUCUUCAAGCUUUGUUGCGAUUUAUUCUCAUAAAAUUUUAUCAGUUUUCUUCUCUGUUCAAGAACGUUUACCUUUAUCAAGCCUUAGCCCGCAGCUCCGCUCACUUGCCA